AUGAGCUCAAAAAGAAGUAUUAGUCUUGAAGAUGGCACCGCUGUGGAUAGUCCAAGCAACAAAACACCAAAGAAGUCAGUCACGAAACUAAACAUUUUGCAACAUCAAGCCAAUAUAAAUGGAAAGUAUUUACAAAAGAACCAUAAACAAAUUAUCACAGACGCUUUUCAAGAUCAUAAACAUUGUGAAAUUGUGUUUUGUCUUUCUUUCAGAAAACUUUUAUAUGGAGAUUUUCUGAGUUGGUUACGAGAUGUGACUGGCAUAGCACUCAAUGAUACAGUCGACAUGACAUGUGCAAAGUAUGAAUAUACAGAUGUGUUACUGUGCCAUGAUGAUGAGUUAGAAGGGAGACGCAUUGCAUUUAUUUUAUAUCUUGUACCACAUUGGGACAUUAAAGACGGAGGAAAUCUAGACUUGUUUGAAACCGAUGAGCAUGGACAACCAAGUGAAAUUGUGAAAUCUUUAGUUCCAUCUUGGAAUACUCUGUCAUUUUUUGAAGUCACACCAGUGUCAUUUCAUCAGGUUUCUGAAGUCUUAACACAAGAUAAAACCAGGUUAUCUGUAAGUGGAUGGUUUCAUGGUCCUCCAAUUGACAGACCAGCACCGUUUAUAGAACCAUUACAUGUAUUACAACCUGCAGUAACGUUUCAGAAUGACAAACUAGGUGACUGGUUGAAUCCAAUGUACAUAGAUAUGCUUAUACAAUCUCAGAUACAAGAAAAGUUCUCAGAAGAUUCUGAGAUUGAACUUCAAAAUUUUCUCAAGGAGGAGAAAUAUGAAGCAGUCUUAUCUGCAGUAAAAGAAAGUGCAAUAAAAUGGGUAAGAAAAGGCCCAGCAAAUAAGAGAAACUAUGAAAUGGCAAGUGACACGAGUCUUCCAGGAAUCUUAAAGGAAUGUAUAGAAGUAUUGAAAUCAGAAGAAAUGUUUUUAUUAUUGUCUAAUUUCACUGGUCUACGACUACAUGAAUUAGCACCAGACAGUGAUAGUGAAGAUGAUAUGAGAGGAGAUGACUCAGAAAGUGUAAAGGCAAAGGAAGAGACAAAAAAGAAAGAAAUUAAUCCACGAUGUCGAAGUGAAGUAAGACGAUGGAGGCAUGGUUCCUAUACAUUACUACAUGAUACUGAUACAGAGGGUGCUGAAUAUGCACUGGAUUGUAUGCUGUUUUUAAACUGCAAUGGUAAGGCAGUAUUGCAACUUCUUUCAGUAAAUCCAGCUGACAAUUCUUUGGCAUUGGUGUACAGAGAUAAAGAGACACUACGAUUUGUAAAACACAUCAAUCAGAAAAUAUCAUCUAUAGCAGAGAAAGAUAUGGAAACAGCCGGCUUUUAUGAUAUCACACUGGUUUAUUAUGAAUAAAAAGUGACAUCACAGUUAAGUGUUUACUGUGACAAAUAUUUGGCUUUUGUAGUUGUAUACAAAUGUAUAAUUUAUGGAAUUAUAAUUCAGGUAUGUUAUAGUGCAUUAUUCAAGCAUUUGUGAUUUACUUUGCCUGUGAUGAAAUGAAAGGUGAAGUAUAGAGAUUACCAUGUCUGUUUAGCAUCAUCACCGUUGUCUGCUAACAGUCUUGUGCCCACGAUAACUCAUUGUACUUUUUCUCAGCAAACUUGUUUUUAUUAUCAAUCAAUCUAUAAUCUCGGUGAAUUUCAAUGUUCAUUACUAA